AUGUCCCUUCUCACCAUUGCCACACUGCUAGUCCUCACUUUCUUUGGACUAGCGUCGGACUUGAUCAAUAUAGAUGCCAAUGAUAUGAGUUUUGAGAUACCUGUUAUCUACAAUGGGUUAUCUUCUCCAAUCAGUGCUUACAUUAAUCCAACCACUAAUGUUUCAUUGGUUUCACAUGCAGGAUAUAUGGAUGAAUUAAUGCAACUCACGACGACGAGACGUGGUCUCAUGUACUCAGUCGAUAUCGCAAUCGGUACUCCUUGUAGUGAUGUAACAGUGAGCCUUGAUACAGGGAGUGAUAUAACAUGGGUCCAAUGCGAACCAUGCAGAGAAUGUUUUGAUAAAUUUUUGAGUCCAAUUUUUGACCCCAAAUUAUCAUCUACCUACAAAACCAUAAACUGUCAAUACCAACAUUGUGGUGCUUUUUAUAGCACUGCAAUAAUUAGUUGCGCUCCUGACAACAAGACAUGUAUGUUUGGUCAAAGCUAUAUGGAUGAGUCUGCAGUUGCAGGUCCCUUCUCAGAAGAUUAUUUUCACUUCCAAGAUAAAGACGGAAGGAAGAAAAGAUCUGAUUUUCCUCUUAAAUUUGGAUGUGUGCAUGGUACCAGGGGAGAUUUUUCUCCCUAUGAUGAUGGUAUCUUGGGAAUGGGACGGGGCAAAGUUUCACUUAUUUCUCAACUAAAUAUCUCAAGAUUUUCUCAUUGCCUUUCUAUGAGUGGAAAGACUUCUUAUCUUUCUUUUGGAGAUGCAGCAAGGCUUGAAGGUAAAACUGUCCGUUUGAUUGAAAACGAAAUGGUGCCUUCACAUUACUACGUCAAUCUCCUUGCCAUAUCUAUAUUGGAUGGUAAGAACCAUCUUGCUUUGGAUAUUCCACCUCAAACAUUUGCCAUCGAUGAUAAUGGCCGUGGAGGCUUUAUCCUUGACACUGGCACCACUAUUACACAGCUCCAUAGAUCAGCUUACGCUGAACUUUCCAGGAUGCUAAGUGUGGUAUUCUUGCUCUCACACAUAUCUACUGUCCAUUCAAUUUAUGGCUUAUCUUAUGAGUAUUGCUUUGAUAUAUCUUUGGAGGAGGUGGAGCAUAUCAGUGUGGUUUUCACCAUUGACUUGGUUGAUGUGAAGAUUACAGGCAACCAAUUAUUUUAUGAGGAUGUGGAUGCAACAAACAAGCCAAUUAUCUGCCUUGCUAUAUUUGAGUCGGACAGGUCCAAUCCAACCACAUCAAUAUUGGGAGGUGUCGCCAUGAGUGAUUAUAACAUUGAUUAUGAUCUUCAUAGGCGAAUUGUCACUUUUAACUCUACCACUUGUUGA